GACGGCCAAGACCUGCGCUCAGUGACGCAAGCUAGUCUACGAGAUGCCAUGGGCGUCGUACCUCAAGAUCCGGUUUUGUUCAAUCAAAGCAUACGACAAAACAUCCGCUACGCCAAACUCGAUGCCACCGAUGCCGAAAUAGAAGAUGCAUGCCGAGCUGCCGCCAUUCACGACGACAUUGUCAGCUUCCCCGAUGGUUACAACUCCAAGGUGGGUGAGCGCGGGGUACGGUUGUCAGGCGGCCAACUCCAACGCAUAGCCAUUGCCCGCGUGCUCCUGCAGAACCCUAAAAUCGUCUUGCUGGAUGAAGCAACGUCAGCAAUUGACUCUUCGAUCGAAGCACUGAUCCAGCAGGCUUUCCGCAAACUAAGUCAAGGCCGCACCACAUUUGUAAUUGCACACAGACUCAGUACGAUUGCAGACGCCGAUCAGAUUUUGGUGGUAGAAAAGGGCGAAAUCAUCGAAAGAGGCACACAUCAGAGCCUGCUGAAGAAUGAGGAA